AUGGCAAAAAGGGUGAUUGAAAGUCUGAUUGAAAGUCUGAUUGAAGUUGAUGAUGCCAUCUCCAUCAUCCUCAUCUGGCCCAGUGGUCCUGCAUUGCCACUUUUGGGUGAGUUAUGGUCUGAAGAACACAUCACAAUAAAGCUCCCCAGUCCUUGCAGGAAUAUAAGUGACCCUAAAAGUUCAAAUGCCAUUAGUGACAGCUGGAUAGUCAGUCUGCAGCUCAUCCAGGAGGAGGAGGCCAACCUCGGGACGGGCGGCCCCGGCGCCGAGCAGUUGAACAGAUUUGCUGGCUUUGGUAUUGGCCUUGCAAGCCUAUUUACAGAAAAUGUGUUGGCACAUCCUUGCAUUGUUCUACGUCGUCAAUGUCAGGUUAACUAUCAUGCACGGAACUAUCAUCUCACACCAUUUACAGUUGUCAAUAUCAUGUACUGCAUCAAUAAGACACAGGGUCCAAGAGCUCUCUGGAAAGGAAUGGGCAGCACUUUCAUUGUUCAGGGCAUAACCCUUGGUACAGAAGGCAUCAUCAGUGAAUUUACACCUUUGCCAAGAGAGCUUUCACAUAAAUGGAACUUCAAGCAGAUAGGUGGACACCUUUUACUCAAAGGGUCAACACAUGUGAUAGCAAUGCCUUUUUAUUCUGCGAGCCUGAUUGAAACUGUACAGAGUGAAAUCGUUCGAGACAAUCCCGGCAUCCUGGACUGUGUGAAAGAAGGAAUUGGCAGAGUUGUAGGCUUGGGAGUACCCCAUAGCAAGCGUCUCCUUCCUCUGAUGAUCCUGACUUUUCCCACUGCUCUGCAUGGAGUUCUUCACUACGUCAUCAGUUCUAUUGUCCAGAAGCUUGUCUUGUUUGUUUUGAAAAGGGAUAAUUCCCACAACCUUUCAACUGAGAGCUCCACUUCCGUGCAGAGAAUACUGGAUGCGUAUUUUCCAGAACUUAUUGCUAGCUUUGCAGCUAGCCUUUGUGCUGAUGUCAUGCUUUACCCACUGGAAACAGUUUUGCACCGCCUUCAUAUUCAAGGGACACGCACAAUAAUUGACAAUACAGACCUUGGCUAUGAAGUGCUUCCAAUCAAUACUCAGUAUGAGGGAAUGAAAGACUGCAUAAAUACUAUAAAACGGGAAGAAGGAAUGCAAGGUUUUUAUAAAGGAUUUGGAGCUGUUAUAGUACAGUAUACCUUGCAUGUGGCAGUUUUACAGCUUACCAAAAUUAUUUACUCAACACUGCUUCAAAAUGUUCCUUAAUCUGUCCAGGUCUGGAUCUAGCACAUUGGACAUGAUUGACUUGCUAACCUUGUUACUGUUUAAAUGGCUUAGAAAAUGAACUUUGGGGAAUCCACCCUGUGGAUUCUCCUUACACUGUAGAACAACUUGUUUUAAAAAUGGGGAUAUAGUUUCCGAAGUGUAAUUAGAAAUGGACUGUUUAAAAAUUACAGACACAAACUGAGUAUGUCAUAUGCAGUCAUACAAAGGGGAUCAGAUUUCAAAUAUGAUUGCAUUGAGGAUUUACUUUUCCUCUUACCAGUUCUCUGACGUAAGGAAUGGAUAUGAAUUGUUAGUAUCUGCUUUAUAAGCAUCACAUCUGAUAUUUAAUAUGGACUGUUAGCCAGUUGAAAGGAGUUUAUUUUCUUAAGUUGUAAGGACUUGCAAGAAGGGGACUGAUGUCUUUACUGGUCUUUUAAAAAUGUUUCUAACUUCACUGUUAAUGGAACUGUGAGUAAAAUAGAGCCUGUAAAAGUGACUUAAGUAGACUUAAAUGUAAUAAUUUACAGGUACAUAGAAGACUUCAUAGAAGACUUACAUUGCUACAGUGUCACAGAAGGUGACAAAUGGGAAUCUCUUGCUUUGUAUAAAAACAACAAAAAAUGAGUGUGGGGCAAAGUUGCCCAGAAUGCAGAUUUGGCUGUCCUGCAGUUUGUGUGCAAGGCUUGCAUUAACUAAGUGUGUGAAUAAAGCAAAAUAGGAACUGUUGUGUGCAUGUCAUUUUCAGCUGACUUUCCACUGACAACUUCAGGGUUUAGUUUUAAUCUAAUGCUCCAUAUAUGAGAGUGUAGUAAUCAUACAAAUCUGUGGUGUAGUAGUAGUAGUAGUGGUGGUGUUCAAAGUGUACAGAAAACCUAAAAAACAAUUGGCUGUUCCUAGAGUUUCUCUUUUGUUAGAUUGGAAGGGUGUGUAUAAAAUUGUCUCCUUAAGUACUUAGCACUGAUGUCUGUAAUUUAAAAUCUCUGCUGGUUUAAAUAUUUCGUGGAGCAGAGCUAAGCCUGUUUAUGUGCAAAGGAGACACUGAAAUAUAUAAUUUUUGCCCUCUUCCCCCUUCAGACUCAGCCUGAAAAUUAUUUUUAAUUAUUCUAAAUAACCAAGUCCUUGGUUUCAUCAGUAAAUAUAGGGGUGGGGAGAUGGUUUUUGCAAGUUAAGACAAGCAUGUGGAAAGUCACUUUUAAAUUAUGAGAGGCUGCUGCUUUUUUCACAUUCAUGUGGCAAGUCUGUUUUUGUGAAUGCUGUAAACUGAUCUGCGUUUUAAUCAUCAAUCACUGUGUAGUUAUCACUUAUGGAAAGUAGUCAUGGUAAAAUAAUGCAAAGAUGUUGCUCUUUGUAAGUUCUGACUUCAGGUCUACUUUAUUAUUAAUCUAACUUUCAUGUAUUUUAAAUGCCUAAGUGUUGAAAUGGAAGGUAUGGUGAACUUGGAAACUAGUUUCUUUUGAAAUACUGUUGAUUGCAGUUUUAGUGUACAGUGUAUGAAAUAAAAAGAGAAUUCGCUGUAUGUAUUAUAAAAUAAUUCACCAAAGAGGCAUGUAAAGAAAUUCUGUUUUGUGUGUUAUAUUUUACUGUAUAGACUCCAGAGUGGUAUUUUCAAGUUCCUCAACCUCUCUAAGUGCAAGAACAUGAUGAACUAAACUACAUGCAAGAGUUUAGGUAAAAUACUCAGUUCCUGAGUUGGAUUCUUAUAAAAUUUCUAAGAGUAUCAAGAUGGCCAUGCCAGAGAAUCAUCCAGACUGGAAAGCACCUCAUCAGGUCAUGCAGUCCAAAUUCCUGCUCUAAGUAAGGACAGCAUUGACUUGUAUAUGCCCUGUCCAGUCAAAUUUUUAAUACAUGAAACUGUAUUAAAACACCUUUUCAAAGGUGUUAAACUGAGCUGAAGCCAACCAUUUUAUCACAAUUACCGUGAAGAAGUAACUAAGUGCAUCUUGCAGUCUGCACUUCCAGAUGUAUCUGUAAAAUUGGCCAAUCCUGUUUUUCUAGGAAUAAAAUUGUAGGCAUUUUGCCUUGUGAAUUGAA